AGGUUCAGAGAGGAAGAAUAGUAAGCAGAAGAGAUGAGAAGGAGCAACUAUGGCCAGUGAAGUAGGGGAAGAAUCGGAUGAAAGCUGUGUCCCACCCAGAAGCCAAGUGACAAAGGAGUGUUCCAGGAAAAUAAUGAUCAUUUGGGUCAGACACUGCUAACAGAUCAGCGGGCUGGCCCUCCCACUUCUCCUGGCAUCUCACACUGUCCUUCAGCCCUGGGCUUUGACCCAGAGGUCUGCUUGCAUACGAACUGAGAAGCGGACAGCUUGUGUUUGGAGCAGUGCCUACGCUGCGCGCACCGGUCCAGCUCUACAAAGCGCCUGGGUCGAGACUGAGGAAGGCUGAAGACAGGCUGAUGGGCUCUGUUGGCGGCCUCUACUGUCUCACCAUGACUGAAAACCCAACACCUGGAGACCUGGCUCCUGCCCCCCUCAUCACUUGCAAACUCUGCUUGUGUGAACAGUCUCUGGACAAGAUGACCACACUCCAGGAAUGCCAAUGCAUCUUUUGCACAGCUUGCCUGAAGCAGUACAUGCAACUGGCAAUCCGAGAAGGAUGUGGGUCUCCCAUCACUUGCCCUGACAUGGUGUGCCUAAACCAUGGGACCUUGCAGGAAGCUGAGAUUGCCUGUUUGGUACCUGUGGAUCAGUUUCAGCUUUAUCAGCGGUUAAAAUUUGAACGAGAAGUUCAUCUGGACCCCCAUCGAACAUGGUGUCCGGUUGCAGACUGUCAGACCGUGUGUCCCGUUGCCUCGAGUGACCCAGGCCAGCCUGUGUUGGUAGAGUGCCCUUCUUGCCACCUGAAAUUCUGCUCAUGUUGCAAGGACUCUUGGCAUGCAGAAGUCUCCUGUAGAGACAGUCAGCCUGCUAUCCUGCCCACAGAACAUGGGGCGCUCUUUGGGACAGGCACGGAAGCCCCCAUUAAGCAAUGCCCAGUCUGCCGGGUUUACAUCGAACGCAAUGAAGGCUGCGCUCAGAUGAUGUGCAAGAACUGCAAGCACACGUUUUGCUGGUACUGCCUCCAGAACCUGGAUAAUGACAUUUUCCUCAGACAUUACGACAAAGGGCCAUGCAGGAAUAAACUUGGCCACUCGAGAGCAUCAGUGAUGUGGAACCGAACACAGGUGGUGGGGAUCCUUGUAGGACUAGGUAUCAUUGCCUUGGUGACUUCGCCCUUGUUACUUCUGGCCUCUCCGUGUAUCAUCUGUUGUGUCUGCAAAUCCUGUCGGGGCAAGAAGAAGAAGCACGACCCAUCCACAACGUAAAGCACUCUGUUUGUAUUCCCGUGCCACAGAUGUCUGGAUUCUGUGAGACAGCACACGACAAAGCCCCACUUAGUGACGCUGCCUCCUUUUCCUUGCCAAACUUUGGAAGUGCCUCUGUGUCCAGACCUUGAACUUGCCUGCAAGCCUUUGUCUGUGCUGGAUUGGGAAAGGGAAAGUCCUGGGUGCAAGUGUUCCCAUGUAACAAGAACUGGGCUCUGCAUCCAGGCUGUGUCUAUGGAGCAUGUCGGGAGCUUUGGGGUUGCUUAGGAGGAAUUAGUACAUCAUCAUUUCACCAUUCAAAGGAUCCCACUGGACUGUUAGUGUUAAUUCAAGGGCCUAAGUGAACGUUUACUAUAAUAAAUGUGCUUUUAUGAUUGACAGCAUA